CCAUGGUUUGAAUGCAGUCUACGCGGCAGCAGCAACAGUAUGCUGGCAGUGUUCGACAGCAGCCACACCGACAGCAGGGUCGCCUCCAGCAGCGGGGCCAGCAGCAGCGGCGGCAUGGGCAGCAGCAGCAACCGGGGCAGAGUGGGCAGCAGAUUGGGCUGUCUGAGCAGCAGCAGCAGCAGCAGCAGCAGCAGGGCCAGCAGCAGCAGCAGGGGCGACAGCAGCAGGGCCAGCAGCAGCAGCCGGGGCAGUGUGGGCAGCAGGCAGGGCAGUCUGAGCAGCAGCAGCAGCAGCAGCAGCAGCAGAAGCAGAAGCAGCAGGGCCAACAGCAGCAGGGACAGCAGCAGCAGCAAGGCCAGCAACAGCGGGGCCAGGAUUCACAUCAGUGGCACAGACAGCAGGAGCAGCAGAGUGGGCAGCAAGCAGGGCUAUUUUGGCAGCAGCAGCGCCAAGGUGGGCAGCAGCAACAACAGUUGCGACAGCAGCACCAGCAACAACAGGGUGGGCAGUGGGGAGGGCUGUUUGGGCAGCAGCAGCAGGGUCAGGGGCAGCAGGACCAAGGUGGGCCGCAGCAGCAGCAGGGGCAGCAGCAGCAGGUACCGGGUGGACAGCAGCAGCAUGGACAACUGCAGCAGCAGGGUCAGCGUAGGCCGUGGCAGCAGGGACAGCAGCAACAUCAGCAGCGGGGUGGGCAGCAGGGAGGGCUGUUUGGGCAACAACAGCAGGGUCAGCGUAGGCAGCAGGGUGAGCAGCAGCAGCAGUGGGGUGGGCAACAGGCAGGACUGUUAAGCCAGCAGCAGCAGCAUGGUGGGCAGCAGGCAGGGUUGUUUGAGCAGCAGCAGCAGGGACGACAGCAGCAGCGCCAGGGUGGGCAGCAGCAGCAGGGUCAGGGGCAGCAGAACCAGGGUAGGCAGCAGCAGCAGGGUCAGGGGCAGCAUAACCAGGGUAGGCAGCAGCAGCAGGGUCAGGGGCAGCAGAACCAGGGUGGGCAGCAACAGCAGGGUCAGCAGCAGCAGGGUCAGGGGCAGCAGAACCAGAGUGGGCAGCAGAAACAGCAGGAUCAGGGGCAGCAGAAUCAGGGUAGGCAGCAGCAGCAGCAGGGUCAGGGGCAGCAGAACCAGGGUGGGCAGCAGCAGCAGCAGGGUCAGGGGCAGCAGACAAGGGAGCCUCCAAAGUCCAGA